AUGCGAUGUACAGAGUUUGAUGGCGACGGCAAAGUCACAUUGGUCAAUGGUGCCUUCAAGAAGAGCGAGCUGAUAGCCAAGUGUGGCCUUCUUCCUCGCGACCUUCGAAAAAUCGAUUCCGCUUCCCUACCACACAUUCUCGUACGCCCUUCGGCUAUCCUGAUAAAAAUCCUGCACAUAAGCUGCCUGAUCAACCACAACCGCGUUCUAGUUUUUGAUGCAUAUGGAACGACAGACUCACACACACAAUCAAUAUUCAUGUACGAUCUGGAAGGCAAGCUUCAGCUACGAGAAGGCCGAUCUGCCAAUACCCUACCGUAUGAGUUUCGCGCGCUGGAAGCUGUUCUCAUAAGUGUCACCUCUGCGCUAGAGGGAGAGUUUGAAGGUGUGCGCGAACCUGUCGUGCAAGUUUUGAGAGAACUGGAAGAAGACAUCGACCGCAACAAGCUGCGUCACUUGUUGAUCUACUCGAAAAAGUUGGGCACAUUCGAGCAGAAAGCACGCUUAGUUCGUGAUGCCAUCGAUGACCUACUCGAGGCAGAUGAUGAUCUUUCUGACAUGUACCUGACCGAGAAGGCGAACGGUGUGACACGCGAAGAGGAUGACCAUACUGAAGUCGAGAUGUUGCUCGAAUCCUACCACAAGGUGUGCGACGAGAUUGUGCAGGCGAGCAGCAACUUGGUUAGCAACAUUCGCAAUACGGAAGAAAUCGUCAAAGCUAUUUUGGACGCCAACCGCAACUCACUGAUGCUCUUGGAUCUGCAAUUUACAAUUCUGGCACUUGGAAUUGGUGUGGGUACCUUCUUUGCCGGUCUUUACGGCAUGAACUUGAAGAACUUCAUCGAAGAAAGUGACUUCGGAUUCCCACUGGUCAGCAUCUCUUGCGGCGUCUUCUGUGUAGUUGCCAUCGUCUGGGGCCUACGAAAGCUUCGAAAAGUACAGCGACUCAGCAUGUGGGGCGAGAGCGGCAGUCUUUCGCCAGAAAACUCAGGCCGUCGUGGCCGAGGCAGCUCGAGAGAGAUUGAUCCUCAAAGUCAACUGUCUGGCGAAAGCAGAGUCGACCGGACUGUACGCUGGAAACAAGACCAGCGGAUGAGCAAGAUGCAGGAAGGCUCUACGGAGUCGCUCUAG